AUGAUGGUGUUUGCUUUGAAAAAGGACUCUGUCUUUGGAGUUAAUUGGCACCCGUGGGUGCUGAGGACAGAGGAAAAAGAUGCUCGGCAGCUCUUCAACUUGCAGGGCUCGUGUGCCGUCACCGUUCGCUCUGCAUGUUUCCGUGCAAACUUCUCUUCCAAGAUGAGCCGCCUGAUGGUGUCGGUGUGCUUGCCUGUCUGCCUUGUUGUGCUCAGCUCCAGCAGCCUGCAGUGCCUCGCUUCUCAAAACACCGAGGCGAGGGAGCUAAGGCCGCUUCGGCAGGCCUGGCCUGCGGGGCACGACCGCGAAGGCAUUGCCAACAGGAGCCUCGCGUCCCCUGUGCACAGAGCCGCCGAAAACCCACACGAUGCCGCGACGGAGCCCUCGGAGAGAUCAUUAAAUGCCACCACCACCGUUAAAGAGACGCUGCAAAGCAUCUUGGGCGUCCACAGCCGCUUGGGAUCCCAGAGCUCAGGUGUUUAUGCCAGUGCGGCCCCCGGGGGUCCCGGCGGGCCCAAUAAAGAGCUGGAUCGAAACAGGCCCCCUGAGACCCUGCUUGCUGCGGCUGCGACCACGCCAGACCCUAAUGCCUUGGGGGCCGCUCAGGGCACCACCACGACAGGGACAUGGGACAGGGACGGUGGUGGAGCAGGGCUGGUUUCCCCCGUGAACCUUGUGGGGGAUGUUUUGACCCCAGCUUCCCAGGACCGAGGGAGAAGCGUGGGCCAUUUGGGCAGCCCUCCGCCGUCCACGCAAGAAAGCGUGGCAAGUCUUCCUGGUACGGUAGCCGAUCUUCAGGCCACUGACCCUUCCCUCCCCGUUGCGCCGUCCGCCCGUUCUGAGCGAGGGCCCCACGGAGGCGGCCUCUUGAUUUCGGUGGGAUCCGACGUGUCUGUGACCUUAGUUCCUGCUGACUCUGCCUUCAGCUUGGAAGCGGAAAACGCCAACAACCGGGGGCUGUGGAAAGAUCUCCCCUGCACCACCACAGCGGUGGCUGCCAUUUUGCCACAGACGGACAGCUGGGAUGAUACAAAACUGGAUCCUGCUGGCCUGGCCGGGGCCGCGUGGCCCAUGGGGGUGGACCAGCACCAGACCGUAACGGAAUUUUCUCUGCCUGUGGGAAGGGAGGAAGAGGAAGAUGAUGUGAAAAGGGUGCUGCCUCUGGGGCUAGGAGCCCCUGCAGGGAAAGGAAGCAAAGGGGGCGAGGCGUGGUCCGGCCAAGCACUCGUGCAAGGGGAAGAGCCGGGCACACACCCCACCGGCCUGAAUCCCGUCCGGGCCACGAACCCACCCAUGGAGGCUGAAGCCCCUGCAGAAAGUGUCGUGGGAAAGGCCAGUCCAGGCAUUACUCAACGGCCUGUGACAGCCUUCCAUGAAAUCAGUGCUGUGACAGCAGGAGGGCUCACUCCCAAGCCGGCUACGGAGCGAGAGACGGCGGCUGAAGAAGAAAGAGAGUUGGCAACGCAAGUGCCACGGGUCUCCAGUGUGUCCCAGCUGCUCAGGAACCCUGAAGGGCCCCUUGGGAUCACGGCGUCCCCCCCUGCUGCCUAUUUGUCUGCUACAAACCCCCCGGACGCGGAAGGGCCUGGCACAGCUCUGGAAAAGAGCGAAGGUCCCUCCGUCACCGAUGCGCCCACCACCCCGGCUGAAUCAGGGAUGCGGGCCGAGGGGGUCCUCGGCACGACCGAAGCCGUGGCGGCGCCACCGUCCUUGGCGUCUUCCACACGGAGGACUGCCAUGCCAGCUGCCCACCCGGUGACCACGGCUGCAACCUACGAGCUGGACAGGCUGGAAUCUGAAGAGGAAGAGGAGGGGGAGGAAGAGGAGGAGGAAGAGGAGGAGGAACCUGACGAUGAUGAUGAGGAGGAAGAAGAGGAAGAUAAUGAUGAUGAAGAUGAUGAUGACAGAGACCCGGACUCUAUGGAUGAAAGCUUGGAGGGGGACGCCAGCCUGUCCAGUUACACGGUGCCUGGGCAGCCCCUGCGGGAAUCCUUGGAAGGGGUUGAGAGCUCCGCGGUGGAGCUUUCGGGAGCGUCUUACCAGAUGCCCAGCACAAUUGAGUGGGAGCAGCAGAACCAGGGCCUCGUGAGAAGCUGGAUGGAGAAGCUGAAGGAUAAGGCGGGUUACAUGUCCGGGAUGCUGGUCCCUGUGGGCGUUGGCAUCGCUGGGGCCCUUUUCAUCUUGGGGGCUCUUUACAGCAUCAAGAUCAUGAACCGCCGACGCAGGAACGGCUUCAAGAGGCACAAACGAAAGCAGAGGGAGUUCAACAGCAUGCAAGACCGAGUGAUGCUUCUAGCGGAUAGCUCCGAAGAUGAAUUUUGA